AUGGCGGCAUGUGCUCAAGAAGAAAACAUCACAGAUACACACGAGCAAAACGUGAAACACAUGCUUUCUCGCAUUGCAAGCACUAAUGCUGUUGUAAAAAGUCAGCAGAGAGGCGAACCAGAAUUAGCUGUGGAUGAGAAAAUUGCUAUUUUACACGAGCUUUACGAUAAAAAACCAGCUUCUUUUCUUAUGCGAUUUGGAAGAUAUCUUUCCGAAAAAGACCUAGGAAAUUUCGAACAUUUAAGGGGAGAAUAUGAGAUAGAUUUUCGUCUUAAAGAAGUAAAAAAUAUCCUUGAUGGUAAGAAGAAGAAAACAGGGAUACGUAACAGACGAUAUGAAUGUUUACAGCGAUUAAUGAAAGACACGGAUUUCUUCAGCGAAGAGCAGAUGAGAAAAAGGUCCCCUCUUCUUUACGAACAGUAUAUAGGUCAGUAUCUUACUGCAGAGGAAAAACUUGACCGGGACAGAGCUGAAAUUGGAGACGAUCUGUGCUUGUCACAAAUGAUCAUGAAUAGACAAGAGAAGGAAAUGAACGAUUGGUAUCUCAAUUAUCAGAGAGAUCAAGAGGCUUGUCUAGAAGAAGAAGAGGAAGAAUCAGAUAUGGAGAGUGACAGCUCAAUCGAUAAAGGUGAUUAUUUAAUUUAGUCACCUUCUCCAUUGUAAUAUACACCCAACAUUGAAGAGGUGUGGCAUAGGGCCUGUUUAAAUAUUUUUUCAAGUAAACCAACAUAAUUUUGAACCCUUCAGAUUCAAAAAUUAAUAAUAAAAGUGAUGACAACAAAAAUUUUGGGUAUCAGAAUCUGGCCUUCUUCAGGUGUGUGUGGAGGGGGGGAGGGGGGUGUUUAAAAGAAAUGGAAUGUUCCAUUCACCUGCAUACAGGGUUCACUUCAAUCAGGAGAUUUCCUUUGAUUCCACACCAAAAUCUUAGAUAUUAGAUCAUAGGAAGUGUAUGGGAAAUAACAUAGAGAACUGAUGUUUAGUUCUUAGGAAUAAAGGGUUUGGUUGAGGAAAUUGUUUGGAUAUAGUGUGAAAUUCUCACAGCACACCAACAAAAAUUUUAUUUAACUAUGUUGUGUAGCUCUCGGGGUGAGAGUUAUGCUGAAAAAAUGAUUGUCCAAUUGUGACUAAUGUUUUGACAACUUGAGUAAAAGUCUUCAUCAGGGCCCAGUUGUUCAAAGGCCAAUUAGUGCUAGCACAGGAUUAAAUUUUAAUGCAGGUUUCUACACUUUUUUUUUUCCAAAGCCUUUUAGAGAAAACUUUCCCUAUUCUUUUUAGAACAUCCAAUGAUCAAAUUGCAAGCAAAAAGAUUUCAACUGAAUUUUCUUUUGCUAACCAUGGGUUAUCUUAACCCAGAUUUGAACAACCCAGAUUAUAAUUGCUCGUAGACAAUCAGCUGUGUUAUGAUGGUCGUCAGUCUCUAGUCACUUCUGUAAACACCUUUAAUUCUUACAGUGGAACCUGGGAGUCCAAUCAAGGGAUGCCCUACUAAGGAAGAAAAACUUAUGCUCCAUGAAGAAUUUCUUAGUGCAAUGCAAGACAAAUUCAUGAGAGGUGAAGAAGAAGAGUUUGACUAUAGUUCAGUUGACGCAAAUGAUGAGUAUGAUGAUCUGACCAUACGAGGAAGAGAUGAAGAAGAACAGUACUUUGACAGUGAAGACAUGUAA